GUAAUGUCUAACAUUUGCUCCCUCUCUCUUCCCUCCACCAGACAUGUGUUCUUCAUGCAGGUCAAGGAGGACCUCCACAGCGGCCACCUGAGGAUGUGUUCAGAGCAGGCUGAGGAGCUGAGUGCCCUGCUGGCCCAGGCCGAGUUCGGAGACUACAACCAGAACACUGCCAAGUACUGGUACUCUGAGCUGUGUGGCAGUGAACCCUGCCCGGCAACAGUGAACGGGUAAGGGCAGGGGACACCUGGGGGAUAAUUUAGACAAAGGGUCUCUACUGGACACAGACAUGAAGGCUCAGGCACACACAUCUAUGUCUUACUCUGCUUGAGGACUUUUUGGGGACCAACAAUUGAUUCCCAUUCAAAAUCCUAUUUUCCCUUAACCCUAACUCCUAACCCCUAAACCUAACCCCUAAACCUAACCCCUAAACCUAAUUGUACCCCUGAGCCUGAAAUAGCCUCACUUCCGAAUUAUUUUAGUUAGUUUACUAUUCUCUAGGACUUUGGGUACUCACAAGUAUAGUAAAAUGUGCACACACAUACAUACACACACACAAACACACACACACACACACCUGUGGCAUGUUAAAACAGGAUUUAAGCUCUAGCCAUUGUGCUAAUUGGAUGGAGUUGAAUACACGGACAUGAAUACACGGUUGAAAUAUUGAAAGCAAAGCUGCCCUUGACAAGGUUGCUGGCUGGCCUUUAGUGAACAGAUAUGUUAUUAGAGGCUUAUGGUAUGAAAGUAUCAACAUCUAGCUGAACCAAGUGCCAGAUGUUUUGUUAAUGAUUCAUCCAACAGCAGUUGGACAUCUAACAGUCAGGUGCUUCAAAGAGGAAAAUUCCCUUUCCUGGCCCAAUUCGGAAUGUUUGAAAAUUAAUCCCAAAACAGGUCAACCUUUCAUAAUUUAUGACCAUAAUUUACAUGAAAAUGAAGUUCUGUCGCGUUACCUAGACUCACCUGCGUUCCUAUUCCCAAGAAUAUAUGGGAAGUCUCAAAACAAACAAUUAGGUGUAAAAGAGUUGUAGAAUUUGCACCCUAACCCAUGAGUUGCUCCAAGCCGUAGCAUUCCCCUCUCGUUAGCCUACCUAUGAAUACGUCUGUCGUGUGCAGCUGACAGACACAUAUCGUGCCAUGGGAACCUGAUAUAUCAGUUACACUGGCAAUGCAGACAGCAGCAGAGUUUGGAAGUCCCCGGAAAUUGUUUGCUUUGCAAUUGGAACAAAGUUCGACACUCACGCCCACAUGUCAGCCACCGUGCGCAACAGGCAGACUGAGAGGAAACUAGAAGAAAACACGGUUCCUACCAGGUUCACCGUAAAGAAGAGAACACGUUCCUACCAUGCAGCCAAGGUUGGUUUGCAAUUCGGACAACAGUUUGUCCCACAUGAUGUCACCCAACAUGAGAUGAGCAGCAGAUGGAAAGGACACUUGGGUUCAGUCUGAAAUGACACCCUAUUUCCCCAUAGGCUCUGGUCAAAAGUAGUGCACUAGAUAGGGAAUAGGGUGCCAUUUGGGACGCAUCCUAGAUAAUAAUAAUAAUAAUAAUAAUAAAUGCCAUUUUGCUUUUAUCCAAAGCGACUUACAGUCAUGUUUCUACCAUGUAGCCACUUGUUUUUCUCCGUCAUGGACCAAACCUGUUCAGGCAUGGAACUGAACAGCUAAGGGGGAAUUUCACCAAAGUAAGCAGGGUUAUUGAGUUAACCAGGUAACACAUUGUGAAACCACUGUAAAUCAUUCAAAAGUGGUAAUGGUAUUUGAACUGACUUCACCCAUUUUUAUUUUAUACAGCCAGAAAAACAAGGGUUAUAACUAGGUGUUAAACAUUUACUUAUUAAUAUUUUCUGUGAAACCCAACCUGGAAGCGCCAUCAACAUCCCCAUUAGUUUUGUUUUCCACCACCAACCCAUAAAGCCUACAACAGUCCCCCCCCCUCAUUCCUCUCUCUCUCUCCUCUCUGCUCUCUUCCCUCGUCCUCUCUCUCUCUCUCCUCUCUCUUCUCUCUCUCUCUCUCUCUCCUCUCUCUGGUGUUCUCUGUCUCUCUGUCUCAUCUUCCUCUCUGUCUCUCUGUCUGUCCUCUCUGUCUGUCUCUGUUCUGUCUGUCUGUCUCUCUCUGUUGUCUUGGGCUGGUCUCGUCUGUCUCUCUCUGUUGUUCUCUCUUUUCUGUCUCUGUCUGUUGUCUGUCUCUGUCUGUCUGUCUCUGUCUGUCUGUCUCGGUCUGUCUGUCUCUGUCUUCUGCUUGUUUUCUCUCUUCUCCCCUCUCCGCUCCUCUUUUCUCUUCUCCUCUCUCUCUCUGUCUCCCCUCUUCUCUGUUCCCCGGCUCUGUUCUGUCCCUUUUCUCUUUCCUCUUCUCUCUUCUCUCUUCUGUCUGCUCUGUCUGUCUCUGUUUUCUCUUUUCCCGGGGUUUUUUUCCCCCAAAAACCUUCCUCCCCCCCCUUUUUUUUUCCCUUUUCCCCUUUCCCCCUUCCCCUCCCCCUUUGGGUUUCCUUUCCCCUUUUCCCCUCUCCCCCCUUCCUUUUGGGCCCUUUCCCCCCCUUUAAAAAAUUUUUUUUUUCCUUUUUUUUUUCCCCCCGUUCGUCAUUUUCUCCUUCCCUUUUUUUCUCCUCUUCCCCUUUCCAUCUCCUGGGGGUUUUCCCCAAAGUCGGUUUUUGGGUUCCGGUUUUCCCCUUUUUUCCCUUUUUCCCCCUUUUAUUUUUUCCCCUUUUUUUUUUAACGAAAAAAAUUUUUCCUUUUAAACUUUCUUUUUUUUUAAAACCCACCCGGGCCCCCUUUUCCCUUUUUUUUUCCCCCCCCCAAAACCUCCCCUCCCCCCCUUUUCUCUUUUCUUUUUCUCUUCUCUUUUCCCUCUCUCUUUUUCUCUUUUUUCCCCCUUUCUUUCUUCUUUUUUGUCUUCUCUUCUUUCUUUCUUCCUUCUUCCCUUUCCUUUCCCUCUCUCUUUUUCCCUCUUUUUUUUCCUUUUCUCUUUUUCCCCUUCUUCUCUCUUUCUUCUCCCUUUUUUCCCUUCGGGGUUUUUCUCCUUUUCUCCCCUUUUUUCCCCUUCCUUUUUCUUUUUCCCCUUCUUUCUCCCUUCUUUUUUUCCCCUUUUCCCCUUUCUCUCUAUCUCUAUCUUCUAUUCUCUCUUCCCCCCUCACCCACAAUAAUAAUAACAACAUGGUUGGGAGAACCAAGCCAGCGAUUAGAGCGUAGCCCAGCAGCUCGUUGACUGGUUAAGUCAACAGUUUGAGAAGCCCGGCAGUUUGGGAUCAGGCCAAGCUAAACUAGGGACUGUUCAUGCUAGGUCAGAGGACUGAUCUAUCGCUGUGUUUACACAUACUCUAGGAUACACAUGCAAGACAAGCGCACACAUACUAGGAUCCUCCUGACAUCAUAAUUGGAGGGAAAAUGUAAAUACCAAUGGACUGGCUCUAAUCAGGAUAAUAUGGACAUGAUGCUCUCUUGUUAAUGUAUUGUCAAUUAUAAUAGCCCAUUUGGUGAUUUCAGUCAGUUCUGUUAUUUUGAGUAAUUGCCAAUAGCAUACUUUUAUUGGACUAUGGGUAAUCUUCUGGACGUUCUCGCUCCUCCUAAUCAAGCUUAUGUCUUGGGAGGAAGACUCAACCAAUGUCUGUACUGUGUUUUAAUUAUGUGAUACCAUUUACAGUGGGGAAAAAAAGUAUUUAGUCAGCCACCAAUUGUGCAAGUUCUCCCACUUAAAAAGAUGAGAGAGGCCUGUAAUUUUCAUCAUAGGUACACGUCAACUAUGACAGACAAAAUGAGAAAAGAAAAUCCAGAAAAUCACAUUGUAGGAUUUUUAAUGAAUUUAUUUGCAAAUUAUGGUGGAAAAUAAGUAUUUGGUCAAUAUCAAAAGUUUCUCAAUACUUUGUUAUAUACCCUUUGUUGGCAAUGACACAGGUCAAACGUUUUCUGUAAGUCUUCACAAGGUUUUCACACACUGUUGCUGGUAUUUUGGCCCAUUCCUCCAUGCAGAUCUCCUCUAGAGCAGUGAUGUUUUGGGGCUGUCGCUGGGCAACACGGACUUUCAACUCCCUCCAAAGAUUUUCUAUGGGGUUGAGAUCUGGAGACUGGCUAGGCCACUCCAGGACCUUGAAAUGCUUCUUACGAAGCCACUCCUUCGUUGCCCGGGCGGUUGUGUUUGGGAUCAUUGUCAUGCUGAAAGACCCAGCCACGUUUCAUCUUCAAUGCCCUUGCUGAUGGAAGGAGGUUUUCACUCAAAAUCUCACGAUACAUGGCCCCAUUCAUUCUUUCCUUUACACGGAUCAGUCGUCCUGGUCCCUUUGCAGAAAAACAGCCCCAAAGCAUGAUGUUUCCACCCCCAUGCUUCACAGUAGGUAUGGUGUUCUUUGGAUGCAACUCAGCAUUCUUUGUCCUCCAAACACGACGAGUUGAGUUUUUACCAAAAAGUUAUAUUUUGGUUUCAUCUGACCAUAUGACAUUCUCCCAAUCCUCUUCUGGAUCAUCCAAAUGCACUCUAGCAAACUUCAGACGGGCCUGGACAUGUACUGGCUUAAGCAGGGGGACACGUCUGGCACUGCAGGAUUUAAGUCCCUGGCGGCGUAGUGUGUUACUGAUGGUAGGCUUUGUUACUUUGGUCCCAGCUCUCUGCAGGUCAUUCACUAGGUCCCCCCGUGUGGUUCUGGGAUUUUUGCUCACCGUUCUUGUGAUCAUUUUGACCCCACGGGGUGAGAUCUUGCGUGGAGCCCCAGAUCGAGGGAGAUUAUCAGUGGUCUUGUAUGUCUUCCAUUUCCUAAUAAUUGCUCCCACAGUUGAUUUCUUCAAACCAAGCUGCUUACCUAUUGCAGAUUCAGUCUUCCCAGCCUGGUGCAGGUCUACAAUUUUGUUUCUGGUGUCCUUUGACAGCUCUUUGGUCUUGGCCAUAGUGGAGUUUGGAGUGUGACUGUUUGAGGUUGUGGACAGGUGUCUUUAAUAUACUGAUAACAAGUUCAAACAGGUGCCAUUAAUACAGGUAACGAGUGGAGGACAGAGGAGCCUCUUAAAGAAGAAGUUACAGGUCUGUGAGAGACAUAAAUCUUGCUUGUUUGUAGGUGACCAAAUACUUAUUUUCCACCAUAAUUUGCAAAUAAAUUCAUUAAAAAUCCUACAAUGUGAUUUUCUGGAUUUUUUUUCCUCAAUUUGUCUGUCAUUGUUGACGUGUACCUAUGAUGAAAAUUACAGGCCUCUCUCAUCUUUUUAAGUGUGAGAACUUGCACAAUUGGUGGCUGACUAAAUACUUUUUUCCCCCACUGUACAGCUGUGCUCAAAUUAAGUUUGUAAACCACCAAUAGAAAUAAUAAAAUGCAUGCAUACAUACAGAUCAUUUUACCAUACUAAAGAAAUUACUGCAGGAAAAUAUAAUCACUGUUGUGAAAGUUUCCGAACAGCAAAGCUGUCUGUGAAAGGAAAUGUAUUGGUGAUGCAUUCCGUUGACUGAAACAGUUGGGGGUGUACAUCAGUGCCCUUGUAUAGUUGUAUGAGUAAUGUUCAUAUGAACUGAGGAAGUCUAGGUUCAUUCCAUGAGUAAUUCUAGGGCAACAAUAGCUCAGUUCAUACACUAGAAUUCACACUGCACACACAGUGAUGAGAUGAUUACUAGCAGGACAGGACAGAGGCUCACAUUACAUUAUAGUAAUUGAUUCCCUUAUUAUUUUUGAUCAGAUAAGGGGAUGAUUAUGGGAUUAUAUUAGAACAUCUGCUCUCUGGGUGACAGACUGACAGCUCAGGAAGGACUCUCCCUCCCUCUCUAUAAUCUUAAUCUCCCCCACAUGAGGUCUCUGUAGAACUAUGGAAAUAUGAGUUCCCUCCCUCCCGGGGUAAUGAGAUUCAUAAAGAUGUGAUGGAAUUCUUAUGAAGAUAUUUUCCCUUCAGUCUGCUAUCUGUAGUAUCUGGAACCUUGGUGCUUCAGUCUACUAUCUGUAGUAUCUGGAACCUUGGUGCUUCAGUCUGCUAUCUGUAGUAUCUGGAACCUUGGUGCUUCAGUCUACUAUCUGUAGUAUCUGGAACCUUGGUGCUUCAGUCUGCUAUCUGUAGUAUCUGGAACCUUGGUGCUUCAGUCUACUAUCUGUAGUAUCUGGAACCUUGGUGCUUUCGUUCUACUAUCCUGUAGUAUAUCUGGAACCUUGUGGUGCUUCAGUCUGCCCUACUAUCUGUCGUAUUGGAACCUUGGUGCUUCAGUCUGCUAUCUGUAGUAUCUGGAACCUUGUGCUCGUUGCUUUGCAGUACUCUUGGUGCUUAUUCUAUCUGUAGUAUCUGGAACCUGGGCUCUGCAGUGUGGAACCUGCUUCAGUCUGCCAUUGUAUUGAACCUGGUGCUUAGUUGCUACUGCUCUGGAACUUGGGCUUCAGUCUGCUAUCUGUAGUAUCUGGAACCUUGUGCUCGUGCUAUCUGUAGUAUCUGGAACCUUGUGUUCAGCUAGAUCUGUAGUAUCUGAAGCUUGGACUGUGGGCAGCUGACAUACUGACUGUGGCCAUUGAGUGAUUCAUGUAGCAGUGCUUUAAACCUCAGGCUGGCUGCUGUUAGAACCCUCCAUGUCUUCUAGAUGGCCAUGGGCAGUGAAGUUGAUGACUUCAUUACCAGCAGUCUGUCACGUUUCUCAGUUGUGUGAAGAUGUUUCUCUACUGUUUUCUCACAGCCCUCCCAGAAAAUAUAUACAAACUAUGAGCUAUUUGAAGCACAGUGGCUCUUUGUGUGAACCCUUUGAAGCAAUGAGACUCUGCAUGUGAACCCUUUGAAGCAAUGAGGCUCCUCAUGUGAACCAGUAGUAACACUGCCAUCUCCCUCGCUCUCUCUCCCUCCACAGGAUCAUCUCUAAGCACAAGGCGUUGGAGGGUCAGAGUCCAGGGUCGGUGGAGUACCAGGCCCUGCAGCUUGUGUCCAGCCUGGAGCACUACGGGGUGGAGUGGCACUGGGCCAGAGACGCAGAGGGACAGAGGCUGGCCAUAGGGGUAGGCCCGGAGGGCAUCGCUGUCUGUAAAGAGGACUUCAGCCUGGUCAACAGGUAAAUGAAGGGUCUUCACGAUACUUAACCAACUGCUCCAUAUCUUGUGCAGUCAGCACACUGACAUAUCUACCAAAACAAUGUCACCAGAGAGCUUGGUAUGUGGGUUGCAUAGUGCACAAUCUAUUGUACAUAGUUCAGAUUGCCUCCUCCAAAUACUAUACCUUUACUGCCCAUAAAUACCGUACUGUCCAGAUCUAUAAAGUCUAAAGUCUACUUGACCCACUAACUUUACCUUCCAGGAAAUCUGUGAUUGUUCUGAGAUUGUCAUCAUGAAACUUUAAUUAUAUAUUUGUUUUGUUGUUGUGCAAUAGUGUGUACUAUUACAGGAUUUCGGUUGAAAGAAUACAGUUUCUAACUUUAACUUUUCUUGAUCCAUUCUAGGAUCAGCUAUCCCAUAAUCCAAAUAGCCACCCAAUCAGGGAAGAGUGUGUACCUGACAGUGACCAAGGAUACCAGCGACAGUGUGGUGCUGCUAUUCAAGCUAAUCAGCAACCGGGCAGCAAGCGGACUGUACCGGGCCAUCACUGAGACACACGCCUUCUACAGGUGAGUGGACAGGAGAGGAGAGGGUUACCUUGUGGGGAGCCAAAACACAAAUACAUGCAAUCCAAUUAUACAGUGCACUCUGCAUAUAGUGAUCAUACAGUAUCUGUGGAGUUAGAUUUUGAUCACCAAGUGAUCGAAGGCAUUGUUGAUCAAAUGUUCCAUGAUGAAAACCUAAGGGACUGACUUCUCUACAAACUACUUGGUAGGGUUAAAAGGAGAGCCUCUGAGUAUAGUAUAGAGACACACACUGCCAACCACCCGUGGGCUGCACUGUCAUGCUAAUGUAUUGACAACAUGUUUGUUUCCACAUUCAUCCCCUACGUGGUCUGUGGUCACUGACUCACUCAACUCUACAUCCCCCUGAAUACAUGAAGGGCUCCUGAACCAGUCUGGCGUGACGUUAUACUGCCUAGGGGGCAGCCAACCGUUACACUUCCCCAUUUUAGUCCAGAUAGGUCAGGUUCUCUCUCCAUCUCUUAAAACAUUGGUGUUUGUGAAGAGUCAACGUUCUGCUCAAUGUUUACCAUGGUGCUGCUCCCUGAAUAUGCAUCCUGACCUGUAGUUGUACACGUUCACUGAGACUGUGCUUUGGUCCUUAGUGUCGUCAACAAACUGCCUCCCUAUCUACCGAUCAAAUCAAAUGUUAUUUGUCACAUACACGUGUUUAGCAGAUGUUAUUGCGGGUGUAGCGAAAUGCUUGUGCUUCUAGCUGCAACACUGCACUAAUAUCUAACAAGUAAUAUCUAACAAUUUCACAACAUAUACCCAAUACACACAAAACUAGUAAGGAAUGGAAUUUAAGAAUAUAUACAUAUAUGGACAAGCAAUGACAGAGCGGCAUGGACUAAGAUACAGUAGAAUAUUAUAGAAUAGAAUGCAGUAUAUACAUAUGAGAUGAGUAGUGCAAGAUAUGUAAACAUUAUUAAAGUGACUAGUGUUCCAUUUCUUAAAGUGGCCAGUGAUUUCAAUAGGCAGCAGCAGCCUCUAAUGUGCUAGUGAUGGCUAUUUAGCAGUCUGAUGGCCUUGAGAUAGAAGCUGUUUUUCAUUCUCUUGGUCCCAGCUUUGAUGCGCCUGUACUGACCUCGCCUUCUGGAUGAUAGCGGGGUGAACAGGCAGUGGCUCGGGUGGUUGAUGUCCUUGAUUAUCUUUUUGGCCUUCCUGUGAUAUCAGGUGCUGUAUGUGUCUUGGAGGGCAGGUAGUUUGCCCCCGGUAAUGCGUUCGGCAUACCGCACCACCCUCUGGAGAGCCCUGCGGGUGCGGGCGGUGCAGUUGCCGUACCAGGCGGUGAUACAGCCCGACAGGAUGCUCUCAAUUGUGCAUCUGUAAAAGUUUGAGGGUUUUAGGUGCCAAGCCGAAUUUCUUCAGCCUCCUGAGGUUGCAGAGGCUCUGUUGCGCCUUCUUCACCACACUGUCUGCGUGGGUGGACCAUUUCAGUUUGUCGGUGAUGUGUACACCAAGGAACCUGAAGCUUUCCACCUUCUCCACUGCGGCCCCGUAGAUGUGGAUAGGGGGGUGCACCCUCUGCUGUUUCCUGAAGUCCACGAUCAUCUCCUUUGUUUUGUUGACGUUGAGUGAGAGUGUAGGCGGUCUCUUCAUUGUUGGUAAUCAAGCCUACUACUGUUGUGUCGUCUGCAAACUUGAUGAUUGAGUUGUAGGCGUGCUUGGCCCUGCAGUCAUGGGUGAACAGGGAGUACAGGAGGGGGCUGCAGUGUUGUGGAGCCCCAGUGUUGAGGAUCAGCGAAGUGGAGAUAUUGUUUCCUACCUUCACCACCUGGGGGCGGCCCGUCAGGAAGUCCAGGACCUAGUUGCACAGGGCGGGGUUCAGACCCAGGGCCUCAAGCUUAAUGAUGAGCUUGGAGGGUACUAUGAUGUUGAAUGCUGAGCUAUAGUCAAUUAACAGCAUUCUUACAUAGGUAUUCCUCUUGUCCAGAUGGGAUAGGGCAGUGUGCAGUGUGAUGCCGUUUGCAUCGUCUGUGGAUCUAUUGGGGCGGUAAGCAAAUUGAAGUGGGUCUAGGGUGACAGGUAAGGUAGAGGUGAUAUGAUCCUUGACUAGCCUCUCUAAGCACUUCAUGAUGACAGAGGUGAGUGCUACAGGGCGAUAGUCAUUUAGUUCAGUUACCUUUGCUUUCUUGGGUACAGGAACAAUGGUGGCCAUCUUGAAGCAUGUGGGGACAGCAGACUGGGAUAGGGAGAGAUUGAAUAUGUCCGUAAACACACCAGCCAGCUGGUCUGCGCAUGCUCUGAGGACGCGGCUAGGGAUGCCGUCUGGGCCGGCAGCCUUGCGGGGGUUAACAUGCUUAAAUGUCUUAAUCACGUCGGCCAUGGAGAAGGAGAGGCCACAGUCCUUGGUAGUGGGCCUCGUCAGUGGCACUGUGUUAUCCUCAAAGCGGGCAAAGAAGGUGUUUAGCUUGUCUGGAAGCGAUGUCGGUGUCGGCGACGUGGCUGGUUUUCUUUUUGUAGUCUGUAAUUGUCUGUAGACCCUGCCACAUACGUCUCAUGUCUGAGCCGUUGAAUUGUCUCUAUACUGAUGUUUUGCCAGUUUAAUUGCCUUGAUUCACAGCAUGCUUUGACAUGCCUUUGGUCUGAAGUGAUCUUGAUGAAGCCAUAGGCAGUACAGGACAUGAAGAGACAGUCUUAGUGUUGAUAUUAAUGAAAGUAAAAGUGCUUCUUCCUGGAAAAAUGGAUGUCAGCCGUUUUGAAUUGUGCAAUAGCAAAGAUUGGCUUACAAUAGUCACAAAGGUACAAAGAUGACCUUUAUUGUGUGUGUGUGUGGGGUGGGGUUACUCUGUUUGCAGAAUGUUUGGCCACGUAUUCCUCAGCUUGUGCAGGUGUGCCUGUUCUGUAAAACCUACUGCAGUGACAGUGUGUCUGUGUCUGUGUCAGUGUAGAGGAUAUCUAGAGUCCUAUACAGCUGUUGGACAUGAUCAACCCCCUUUAUAGGGUUUUGACUAGAUGGUAUACAGCUAUGGACAGAUUUGACUUUUUCUAGCAGGUUAGGAGAAUUUACAGUACAUAGCAUGUUAGGAAAAGGGUUAGGGUUAGCCAGAAUGCUAAAAUUCUCCCAGACUCAAACAUGCAACUUUUUUUUUUUAUACCAUAGCUGUAUACCAUCUAGUCACAACCCCUUUUAUAUGUCCAGUGCCAAAAAAGAUGUGGACAAUGGAGAAAUCGAUUGAUUUAGAAAUAGUGUCUAACAUUCAAUUGACAGAUGAACACAGAAUGAGAUUGAGACUUCACGCUCAUGACCUCCUGGUUAGUAACAUCUCCCUUUCUCCUCCAGGUGUGACACUGUGACCAGCGCAGUGAUGAUGCAGUACAGCCGUGACUUCAAGGGUCACCUGGCCUCGCUCUUCCUCAACGAGAACAUCAACCUGGGAAAGAAGUACAUCUUCGACAUCCGACGCACCUCCAAGGAGGUCUACGACUACGCACGCCGGGCGCUCUACAACGCCAGCAUCGUGGUGGAGGGGGCGGGCGGCGAGAGGACGCCGUCGGGGCGCAGUCCCCUGCGUGGCCAGCAGGACGGGCUGGGGGAGGACUGUGGGAGCUGUCAGCAGAGCAGGGCGCUGCUGGAGAGACUAGAGAAGCUCAGAGAAGCUCUGCUGUGUAUGCUGUGCUGUGUGGAGGAGAUCGAUGCAGCCUUCUGCCCCUGUGGACACAUGGUGUGCUGCCAGACCUGUGCCAACCAACUACAGGUAAAGAGACCCAGAUAGAAGUGACUACUUGUGAUUGGUUGAAAAUGAUUUUAACACACAUGUUAACUCCUGCAUGGUGGUCCUGGUUACAUUGAGAAGCUACGACCAGUCAAUGAUAGAAAAUGACUCCAGAAAACACUUUAAUCUAUGCACUUUGAUGUUGAUGGUUUUUGGUUAAGUCGACCAUUUGUCAAGACAUUUUGGAUGCCACCACUGCCGUCGAACCCCAGAAUACUCUGCUGUCUCACUAGGUUUAAAUGUCUUCCUUUUCUCAUCUUUCUUGGUCUUAAUAAACUACAGCAGUAGGACUGAAACCCAUCCGGUCCUUUGUGCCCUUAAAGGGAGGGAGGGAAGGAAGGAAGGAAGGAAGGAAGGAAGGAAGGAAGGAAGGAAGGAAGGAAGGAAGGAAGGAAGGAAGGAAGGAAGGAAGGAAGGAAGGAAGGAAGGAAGGAAGGAAGCUGUUGAGGACUAUUGGAACUUGGCCACAGUUUCUGUUAGUGGUGGUAGUCCUUGGUAACACAACAAGCACACCCUGGGGUUCUAGCUGUGUAACACCAUGAGGGCAGAGCGCUCUGAUUCCAUUUCUCCUCACUCACUCUCUCAUCACUUUUUAAGGCUUUUUAAAAAAACAAUCCAGUGUUUUUCUCAUGCAGGGGUUCAGCUAACCUGAUUGUCCCUCCCACGAAUCUCCUAAAUGGUGCCCAACUUUGCUUGAACUGCCAUCUCAGAUGGUGAAUUAGUGUGGAUUAAAGCUGCCAGCAGCAGGCCAGCAAAUUUGUAUUCCAUUAAAUCCACAGGGAAACGUGUCAUGUGGCUGGACCCAAACACAUUGAGAGGAGAGAGAACAGGAUAUUUUUUAUUUUAUUUUACUCACUUUCCAAGAUGGCCGCCCCCUUAUGACACACUAACGAUCUUCUAGCACUGUCUGAACAGUGCAUCGUGGGUCAUUUGAUCUAGAGGUCCAUGUUGGUUAACUAACAGGCUUUUACGCGGCUACAAUACAAUUGACUGGCUAAAUGAGAUUGGAGUCUGUUUCCACUAUCCCUGUGCCAUCACUUUGACAGACUGGUUAGUAUUGUUGGUCUGUGUUCUGGAUGUCUGAAAUAUGAUUGGUUGGCUACCUGGUCCAUUCUGCAGCCCAGGGCUGGUGGUGGUUCGUGUUUUCUGUUGCAUUGUGGGUCUGCAUGCUCAACUCAACCUCCUUAAUGUGCUUUCUGUCUACAGAAUGUAUUGUACCGGUCUCUCAAAUGAAGUGACAGCGAGUUUUAUGUGGACAUUCUCUCUUUCUCCUCUCCCCAGUCGUGUCCGGUGUGUCGGUCGGAGGUGGAACACGUGCAGCAUGUCUACCUCCCCACCUGCACCAGUCUCCUGAACCUCACCAUCACCACCACCUCUCACGACGGCGACAACAGCCCCGGCCCCAUCCACAGAGCUAUGGGUGGUCUAGGACACACCUGCCACACCAAGGACUACUGUAACACCAACAACCACCACGACUCCAACAAGAUCUACCACACAGAGACAUAAACCACUUCACCACUCCCUGGCUGUGUACCAAAUGGAACCCUGGCACUACAUGGGGAAUAGGGUACUAUUUGGGAUGCAGUCCAGUCCCAACACCGUUGUUUGUGGUUCUGUUGGGUUGUUGUCACCUUGCCACUCCCUGACGGUGGUAUUUUCUCAUAUGAAUUUUAUUAAACCAAUGAUGGAUUUAUUUUUUAUUUUUAUACCACCGCUCCAUUUUAGAUUUAGGUUUAUUGCGUAUUAUUUAGUUUUAAUCUAAUUGCAUCAGUUGAUCUGAUCAUAAUUAGCGGCGCCAUUUGAAUUUCUUUCACAGUUUUGAUUGUGUUUUUUUUCCUUCUCCAUAUUGGUCUACAGAAUGUGAAUUAUCUAUUGGGCCCAUAACCUGCAACGUUUGUACAAUUAUGAGGAAAUUCUGUGUUCUAAGAGAAUAGUAGGCAACGUAGAUCGUUCAGUUUUGAAGAUUCAUUUGUAUUUCUUUAAAGUCUCUUCUUUUAAGCUUUGAAAAUCUCAUUUUAUGGUUCUAAUGGAGUGAAAUGCAUUUAUUUUUUUUGUUUCCUGUUUAGUUGUUUGUUUGUUUUUCCAUGUGGUGUCCAUGGUUUCCAUGCCAAUGAGAAGUUAUUUUGGGGGGUAGGAAGCAGCACGACCCUGGCACAGCACUGCAUUCUGAUUUAGAGCUGGUCAAAAGUAGUGCACUAUA